CGCGGCUCUCUCGCAUAUCGGCGUUGUGUUUUAGCAUUUAAGCUAGUCUGCCGUCUUCCCUUGGCCAGGGCUCGGAGGAACCCGCACUUUGAAUUGAAAUACAUUGAAUACGUCUUGAAGGCGAGACAAUGGAGGCUCAGGGUCCAGUCAACAAUGGGCCGCAGAACAUUCAAAGGCGAAAUAACAAGAGAAAGCAGCCGCAGCAUUCUGCUGAUAUAGUGUUCACCAAAGGCACAGCUAUUCAGACUAUGCCCAGUCUCAGCAAAGUGUUGAAGGCGGCCACAGAGAACAUCAUUGGUCUUCAGUAUGUCUGGGAGUAUCGAAGCCCCAGUAAAUCUGUCCCACCACACUACCAGUGCAAACUCUGUGCUGUCUCCCGCUUGCAGCAUGAUAUGGUUGCCCACGUGAAAGGCUGGAAACACAGUUUCAGAUACCUGAAAAAAGUCCAUCCUGACAAGGUUACCUGUGAAGAGGAGGAGGCUGUCAAAGACCCUGCUGUAAGGAAAACCAUUAGAGAAGCUGCUACUGAGGUGGAGAAGUCUGAAGGCAGGGGGCAACUCAAGGUGAUUCUGAAGGAGCCCUGUGAAGUAAUUGCAUUCAAAGGACUUCGUUCUGCAGCUCCUAAAGUUCCUCCACUAGCACCCAUGAUGGGACCAAUGGGACCUAAGGGACCACCACCAUUUGGUCCCAGGUUUCCUCCUCAGGGUCCUCCAGACUAUCCAGUGGGAGAAUAUGGGGAUCCCAGCUUUGGAGGGUAUUCAGCAGGAAAAGAUUUCCACGACCCUGGUAUGAAUCGAAGACCUUUCUCAGAUGGUCUUGGUCCACGCCCAGCUGGAGAUGGUUAUGGACCAGGGGGUGGGGGAGAUGGUUAUAGGAGAGGUGGACUACUGGAGACCCCAGGAAGAACGUAUCCUGAUGAGUACCGGGGCAGCCAAGUGGGGGGUGGCUUAAUGGACAGACCAGCAGACAAACCACUGGAGAGGCCAAGCCUGAUGGGAGCAGCUCCAGAAAGCAGCAACCUACCCAAUAAACUUCUGCACUACCUGGACUCUUUCCGGAUAGAGAAUGAGAAUGACGCACAGCUGGUGCUGAAGGUGACACAGAAACUAACAGAUGUGCUGAUGGAGUACAGACUGAGAAGCGUGUCAUCGGGCUCCAGCCUGAGUAGCUUUUCAAUGAGCUCAACCAAUUUUUCUUCUACACCCUCACGGCUGCAAAGCAGUGACAGAUACUCCAGCGGCCUCUCAGGUCCUAACAGGUUCUCUGAUGGUCCAUCCAGGUUUUACAAAUGAAGAUGUCACACCUUAAACCUUAAUCCAUUUGUCCCAUGCAUGCUUGCAUCAAACUAGAAAAAUCAGAGUUGAAAACUUUAUCCUUUUUUUUUUUUUUUGCUUUUAGGCUAUUUUUUGUUGUGUAGUAUUGUUUUUGACCUCUCUGAGAAUCUUAAAUUUGGAACAUUUUACAAAAAUGCUUGUGCAUGUUUCUGCAUCUUUAACUGGUAAGUAGUUGCCCGCUGCAAGUUACCAUCUCCUACUUCCGUUAUUAAAAGUAUUAGAGAAAAUAAA